GGCAUGCUGCGCAUGGACAGGGGAAUUAAACGUGCAGCGGGGCUCCACUGCAGACUGCGGGAGAGGGAAGUGCCGUCCCAGUCACCUAACGACGUCAUCCCACGCCGGGGAAGCACAACCUAGCAACGAUCUUCUGCAUUUUAUUAUUAUUCUCAACGGAGACGGUCCUUCGCUUCGGGAUCCGGGCAGAGUCGCCGCUAGCCGUGCAACACGUUCGCUCGAUGUAUGUAAAGACAUAGCUGUAUUGCAUGAGCCUAGUGGCCCCUACAGCACUACCACACUCGUGUCUCGAGACUCUGGACUUCAAACCCUGAAAACCCGUCUGUCGCCGAGACCUUCCUCCGAGGGGCCCGCAGAAGCAACAGAUUCUGCUGCUGCACCAUCCCAGCCUGUGGAAUGAAUCAGUAGCACAUCGUCCGGCCGUGUGUUGAAGGAGCGGACCCUCAUCUUGCGAAGACCGCACGACGACGACCCCAUGGCUGAACUGGACCCUGACACGGACCGCCCCAAGAUCACGCUGCCUGCGCGCCCCUACGGCUUUCCGCCCGAGGCUUUCGACUGGACCCGACUCCCCGACGUCGACAAGGACUUCCUCUGUCCAGAACAUGUCGAAGCGUUUAUCCAGGCUCUUUCCGCCCCUGACCCAAUCCCAGAGACGCCCGAUGAUGGGACGGCCUCCUUGACCUUCCGCCCCCACAGCCCCAGCCUGCGCCGCGGCUCGAGCAGCUCCCUCCUUCAACUCAGCCGGCGCGCCACAGCCGCCAGCGUGAAUCUCCAUGACGAAGACAGGGGCUCGCGGGAGGGCGCCGCCGCUGCCGCGGCCGCGGCCGACGUAGCUGCGCCAGGGCCGUCCGCAGCGCUCGGGAGCCGGCGGCCCAGCUCCAGCAGUCUCUUCAUCACGGCACAGAACGACUGGGCCCCUGUGAACGAGAAGGUCCUCCGCGACAAGGACAAGGCGCCAUCAUCGGAUGGGAAGAGAAGGAAGAAGUCGAAGAGAAAAGCCCGCACCAAGGACGAGACCCGGGAGGGGUAUGUCUACGGUCUCACGAAAUGGCCCUUCUUCUUCAUGGUCGGCGCCUGGAUCAUCGGCCUCUCGAUCGUCUACGUCGUGACGCGCAUGUACAUCUCCCUGUACGAACAGUUCAUCGCCUGGCGCGGCCAGCGCAAGAGGCUGCGCCGCGCGAUGCGCGCCACGACCCGGUAUAAGGACUGGGUCGCGGCCGCACGGCGGCUGGACGACUUCUUCGGCAAGGAGCGGUGGAAGGAGGACGAUAACUUUGCGUACUACGAUAGCAAGACGGUCAAGCGGGUGCUACAGGAGAUGAGGCGUUGUCGGCGGCUGGCCGAGCGCGGCGAGGAGGAGGAGACGGAGGAAGGGAGGCAGGCCACCGAGGACCUGAAGGUGCUGUUGGAGGCGUGCGUCAAGAAUAAUUUCGUGGGCGUCGAGAAUCCGCGGCUCUAUAGCCAAACGUAUUACGGGACGAAGAAUCUGGUGCAGAACUUUGUUGACGAGGUGGAAUGCAGUAUCAGGUUUUUGAUCGAGACGAAGCAGCUCUCCAAGGAGCAGAAGCGCGUCAUGUUCAAGGGCAUCUGCGCCAACUACGGCCGCACGGCGCUGUGUCUCUCGGGCGGCGCGACGUUCGCCUAUUACCACUUCGGCGUCGUCAAGGCGCUGCUCGACGAGGACUAUCUCCCCGACAUCAUCACGGGCACCAGCGGCGGUGCGCUGGUGGCGGCCCUCGUGGCCACCCGCACGAACAGCGAACUCAAACAGCUGCUUGUCCCCGCGCUCGCCCACCGCAUCACGGCCUGCCGCGAGCCCAUCAGCGUCUGGUUCCGCCGCUGGUGGAAGACGGGCGCCCGCUUCGACGCGGUCGACUGGGCUCGCCAGUGCGCCUGGUGGACGCGCGGGUCCAUGACCUUCCGCGAAGCCUACGAGCGCACCGGCCGCAUCCUCAACGUCUCGUGCGUCCCGGCCGACCCGCACUCGCCCACGAUCCUCUGCAACUACCUCACCAGCCCGGACUGCGUCAUCUGGUCCGCCGUGCUCGCCUCGGCCGCCGUCCCGGGCAUUCUCAACCCGGUCGUGCUCAUGAUGAAGACGCGCUCGGGCGAGCUGGUGCCCUACUCCUUCGGGCACAAGUGGAAGGACGGCUCGCUGCGGACCGACAUACCCAUCAAGGCGCUCAACCUGCACUUCAACGUCAACUUCACCAUCGUCAGCCAGGUCAACCCGCACAUCAACCUCUUCUUCUUCUCGUCGCGCGGCUCCGUCGGCCAGCCCGUCACCCACCGCGGCGGCCGCGGCUGGCGCGGCGGCUACCUCGGCUCCGCCAUCGAGCAGUACGUCAAGCUCGACCUGACCAAGUGGCUGCGCGUCAUGCGCCACCUGGAGCUGCUGCCGCGCCCGCUCGGCCAGGACUGGUCCAUGCUGUGGCUGCAGCCCUUCGGCGGCACCGUCACCAUCUGGCCCAAGAGCGAGCCCAUGGACUUCUGGCGCAUCCUGAGCGACCCGGACAUGGCCACCCUGGCCAGGAUGAUCCACGAGGGCCGCCAGGCCACGUUUCCCAAGCUGCGCUUCGUGGGGAAUCGCUUGCGGGUCGAGCGGCUCGUGGAAAGGGGCCGCCGCGAGAGUCGGUACGGCGGGACGAGGGCCGCUGGGUUCCCCCCCGCCGUGGCCGGCGGGCUAUCGGCUGCUGCGGGGGGCAACGACGGCGGGGCGGAGCUUCAGCACAGGAGGGAUAGCAUAGACAGCAUCCUGAGCGAGGACGACCUGAGGAGCUUGCUGAAGAAGAGGGAGGAGAGGAGGGAUGGCGGCGGCAGCGGCGGAAGCGGCGGGAAUUCGACGGCGACGACGGACGACGAGACCACGGACGUGGACGAGACUAUGGCGAUUGAUGGUGACGAGGGGGAGCCGGAAACGAGGGCUACGCAGAUGGAGGUCCCGCGCAUUGCGACGCCCAUGGGGUUGGCCGGGGCCGAGGGGCAGCCCGACUGAGUUUUCUGGAACGGGGGGGAACUUGCGAGAGGGAUAGCCAUGAUUCCG